CAGCAAAGUUUCCUACGGCUUGCAAAACUCCGCGUGUCUCCGGGCUCCACUUUCCAGGAAAGGCUGACUGGAAACGAGGCAGCUCUCAGCUGCAGCUAGAGGUUUUGUUGAUGCCUUUGGAAUUCGAAGAGAAGCUCCAGGAGGAAUUACGUGUCAGACCACGGGGCUGCUUUUGCUAUUUCAGGGCAGAGUGUAAAUGGGCUGUAGGAGGGGGAUGCUUUGCUCCCAUUUUUUUUUGGGGGGGGGGUAUGCUCCAUUCCCUUUUCCAAGUCGGCACUGCUCGGAGUAACCCUUCCCUGUACCAGCCGCUCGUUCAUCCCAGGAGAGGUUCUGCCUCCUUAAUCCUCACAAACAAGGGGAAAACAGUGAUUGCGAGCCAAGUUACGACCCGGCCCAAGGAAUCAGCACCCGCGAGCCCCUUGGCCCGGCGAGCAUCCCCCAAAAACGCACUCAGGGGGACCAGCUGGCUCUGGGUGAGGCCGUAAGGGAAGAAACCCAGCCGAGGCACCCACUGUCCGAAGAGGUGGGGUCCGAAGGCACCGCCACCCGCGGGUGCUCCCUGCAGCCUCUCACCUCCGGGGGGUGCUCGCUGUUCUCUGCAGCGCGAAUCGCGAUGAAAUUUCCUGUGUGUGUGUGUGUGUGUGUGUGUGUGUGUGAGUCCGGCUGUCGCGGCGGGGCUGCUCAGAGGGUGCGGUGGCUCGGCAGAGGCCACCUCUCCGCGGUCCCCCCGCCACCAUGGGGACAGCGUCCUCCCGAAGCGGGCUGCUCCUGGCUGCGCUCUGCCUGCUGGCUUCCCACGGAGGGGCAGCAGCUUUCCUGAUCACCACCCCGUACUCGCUCUGCGUCUGUCCCGAGGGCCAGAACGUCACCUUGACCUGCCGGAUCAGCGGCCCGCUGGCCGAGCGCCACGACCUGCUCUACAAAACCUGGUACUUCAGCAGCACCGGCGACCAGAGCUGCUCUGACAAGAGACACAUCCGCAACGUCACCGACAGGGAGCUGCACCACGACCUCAGCAGGCACCACGAGCUGCCGGGCAAUGGCUCCCAAAAAUCCCCCCUUGGGCGGCAGAGCGGCCACCACGGUGUGGAGUUUGUCCCUGACCACCACGGCGCCUUCCACAUCGUGGUGAUGAACCUGACGCUGCAGGACAGUGGGAAUUACUGCUGCUACGCCGUGGAGGUCAGGAGGGAAGGCCACGGCAAGCCCCACACCAUGCAGGUGGCUCACGGCUUCGUGGAGCUGCAGAUCCAGCGAGGCAAAGGAGGGCUUCAAAACUGCACAUUUCACACUGCCACCGGCAAAGAUAUCACGGCCGCCGCGCUGGCCACGGGCGCCUGCAUCGUGGGCAUCCUCUGCCUGCCCCUCAUCCUGCUCCUCAUUUACAAGCAGAGACAAGCUGCCAGCAGCAGACGUGCCCACGAGCUUGUCAGGAUGGAUAGCAGCGCCCAGGGCAUUGAAAACCCCGUGUUCGAGGCGGUGCCGUCGGCCAGCGUGGAGCCACGGCCCCGGCCCCAGCUCUCCUACGUGGCCAGCAGGCUGCCCUCGGAGUCCGGCCGGCAUCUGCUCUCGGAGCCCAACACCCCCCUGUCCCCCCCUGGGCCUGGGGACUGCUUCUUCCCAACCCUGGAUCCUGUUCCCGACUCACCAAAUUCCUUGAAAGCCUAAAGACCCCAGAGGAAGCCACAUCCCAAAGACCACGCCAGGCUCACCAAGACAACAGCCCCGUGAGUGUGGCAGGGCCAGGGCCAGCAAUGCUGUAAGAAAUGAAGCUGUGUGCAGGAUCCCUGCCCUUGUCUCCCAUCCUAGCACUGCUCUGGGACUGGAAGUGAACCUCUCUUGCUCCGAUUUCGAUCUUUAACUACCUGUUUCCAUGGAGAAGUGCGUGGCUCUGUACUGCUCACAUUUUACAGACUAGCUGGAAAUUGAGGAUGUGGGGAUGGAAGGAUGUCCUGCAUCUGCAGGCUUCCCUGAGGAUUAACUUAUUGCCAGGGUCUAAGCUCUGCAACAUCAACACGCCUCUGGAUCCUUGACUGAACAUCCUCUCUGGGAGUGGAUGGUAAAAUACUUUAUUCAGCAUGGAACAAAACAGGAUCACCAGCCAACCUUGUACUACCUUUUUCUUUGCAAAACAGGAAGGGGAGAGGCGUCCUGCUGCCACCAGAGCCCUCUUUCCUUACCAGCCUUUUGAAAUGGCCGUGGACUUGCGCUGCUGCUGCCUUUUCAGCAGGACACAUGUUGGGAAGAGCCUUAUUUCUGCUGCAGUUUUAUCCUUGGCUUGGGAUCAGGGCAAUUUAUCUUUCUGUUUGUUUCAUUAUCAGUGCUGAUUAAAAGGGAAA